AAUUUGGUAAUUGGCCACAUCAGCGCCAUUGGCGGUAGUUCACAGAAUUAUUCUGUCACUGUGGUUCUCGUUGGUGCGUUCCCCAGAUUUUCUCGGGAAGAAAAAUAUUUAUUGCUGUGUAGUAAAUUAAGCGUAAUUUGAAGAAGAAGACAAUGGGUGUUCCAGCUGGAGACGUUGAGAAGGGAAAGAAAAUCUUCGUGCAGAGAUGUGCUCAAUGCCAUACCGUUGAAGCCGGCGGCAAACACAAGACCGGACCCAAUCUCCACGGCCUGGUGGGCAGGAAGACGGGCCAGGCGGCCGGAUUCGCCUACACGGACGCCAACAAGGCCAAAGGUAUCACAUGGAAUGAGGAUACGCUGUUUGAAUACCUCGAGAAUCCAAAGAAAUACAUCCCGGGAACAAAAAUGGUGUUUGCCGGACUGAAGAAGCCGCAGGAGCGAGCAGAUCUCAUCGCUUACCUCAAGGAUGCCACCAAGUAGAGAAGGACAAGGGGAGAGAUUGGUGGAUUCAUGGGGAGUCUUGUUGACGCUGCAAAUCCCACAGUAUAUUAUCAUGAAUCAAUAAUAGGAAAAUUUAUCGAAAGAAUUGAAUGCUAAGUUAUUUAAAGAAAAAAAAAAGAAAGAAACUGGAGGAGAGACAAUUAAAUCAAUUGACGAUAGAAACUCUGUGUUCACUAAUUUUUCUUCUGCUUCGGACGGAAAUUGUAAAAAAAAAUCAGUUGUGAUUGUUUUUCAUCGGUCAAAUAACUAUUUUUCUUGGAUUGUGAAAGGAAUUUGGACGCGAAGAUUUUCGCGAGAGAAAAGAGUCAAUAAAGUUGAGUGAAAAUAAA